CAUUUAGAUGCUAUGUGCAACAGUAAACGUCAAUGUCAGUGGAAGAGUGACUCGGACAGAGAGCAGUCUAUUUUAGUGAGCCAUUCACACAGGGGUUAUAAACUAUAAAUCUGAAUGAUUUUUCCCCUGUCCGCUCUCAGCUACUCUCCCAUCCUAAACUCCCUCACUCUCUCCCUCAGCCUUUUCUACACCUUAAAGGUCUAAGACAAUAAGGGAAACAUGGCGGACGCACCCAAACCAAAAGAAAAGUCCAAGAUCUCCUCAGCCCGACGAUUGGGGUUGAAGAUCAGAUUGCUCACAGUAGCUGGCCAGAUGCUAGAGGUUGAGACGGAGGAGAAGAAGAGAGAAAGAGAAGAAGCUCUGGCUGAGAGAGUCCCUCCUCUCAAGCUUUCUGGCUUGUCUGUGGAUGAGCUCAUGGAUUUGUGCAAAGAUCUGCACCGUAAGAUUGACGUGGUAGAUGAGGAGCGAUACGACGUGGGACUGAAAGUUACCAAAAAUGACAAGGAGUGCCAUGAGUUGGGGCUGAAGAUCAUUGAGCUGCAGAGCAAGUUCAAGAAGCCAAGCCUGAAGAGGGUGAAGAUCUCAGCGGAGAUGAUGCUCAGUGUUCUGCUGGGCUCCAAGCACAAAGAGACAAUCGACUUCAAGUCCAACCUCAAGACAGUCAAGAAAGCAGAGGAGAAGAAAGAGGAGGUUACCGACUGGCGUCAAAAUGUGGAUGCCAUGUCAGGCAUGGAGGGCAGAAAGAAGAUGUUUGAUGCUUGAUAAGAUUAGUGAUGAUUAUCAAGGAAGGCUUUUCUGAUUGGAGAUAAAAGAAGAUGCAAAAGAAAAGGAGAGGACAACUGAAGGUAUCAAUAAUAACUGUAAGAGAUAACUGAGUGAACACAUGGAGAAGAAAGAAAAAGUUAUUACAUAUAUUUGUUAUUUUUUGUACAUGAAGUCAAAUUUUUUAUUUAAAUGACUAUAUGAGACUGAAGCAAAUAUAAAUAGUUAAAAUACGUUUUUAUUAAGUAUUAAUACAAUAUGUAUUGUAUUUGAGCAAAUGCAUUUCUUUAUUUGCAACACCUGUAUGCAGAAGUUACAAGACAAUAAAAAAAUGGUUUGAGUAUU